UUAUGAGAUAUUUGUAAUAUAAAUAAUUAAAGUUAAGGUUAACAGUUUCGAACACAAGGUCUAUCAAAAUUUUGAAAAUUCAUUUAACAUUCGCGGUUUUAUUGUAAUAAUUUUAUCUUGCAUAUUUAUAAUUAGUUAUCAUUAAUUUUUACAACCAAAGUAACAUCACAAUUGCGCAAUUGAUAAGAGUUAAAAAGUCAAUAAUUAUAUUUGAUAGUCUAUUUAAUUUCUAGUUUAAAAGUAAAUUUUUUUGUGGCAAUGGACUUUUAUGAUAAAAAUUAUGAUAAGGAACAUCCGCGUAAUCUUAUACCGGAAUUAUGCAGGCAAUUUUAUCAUCUUGGAUGGGUAACAGGAACUGGCGGUGGAAUAUCUAUUAAAAAUAAAAAUGAAAUUUACAUCGCGCCAUCAGGAGUUCAAAAAGAACGUAUAGCACCAGAAGAUAUGUUUGUCCAAACAAUUGAUGGUGUUGAUUUGUCAUCACCACCAGCUGAAAAAAAAUUCAAAAAAUCACAGUGCACCCCAUUAUUUAUGUGCGCAUACACAGAACGUAAUGCUGGAGCUGUAAUUCAUACUCACUCAAAAUUUGCUGUCAUGGUGACAUUACUUUGGCCUGGCCGCGAAUUUCGUGUAACACAUUUGGAAAUGAUCAAAGGUAUUAGAAAUCAAAAAUUAAAUAGAGCUUAUAGAUUUGAUGAAGAAUUAGUUGUACCGAUUAUUGAAAAUACUCCAUUUGAAGAAGAUCUUAAAGACAGGAUGGCUGAAGUUAUUAAAGAGUAUCCGGAAACUUGUGCUGUACUAGUACGUAGACAUGGCGUUUAUGUUUGGGGUGACAAUUGGCAACAAGCUAAAACAAUGACGGAAUGCUAUGAUUAUUUAUUUGACAUUGGAGUUCAAAUGAAACAAGCUGGUAUUGAUCCAUUAUUAACUCCAGAACAAUAUGAGUUAAAAUAUCAGCAAUCUCAUAAAUAAAUAGAUAUAUUUUUUAUUUUUGUUUACUACUUGUAUACUUUUGUAUUUUUGGCCCUGUAAAAUAUUAAAUAAAAUAAAUUAAAUAGGAAACGUAA